GCCUCGCCCGCACCAUGCUGAGCUACAGCGUAGACGCGCUCUUCGGGGCCAGCCCGCUCCGCAAGGAGAGCGCCCGGAGCGGCUCCCGCUCGCUGGCCUCCAGCGGCUUCCACUCGCAGUCCUGGUCCCGCGGCUCCACCGCCGCCUCCCCGCUCCGGCGCGGCGCGGGCGGCUACAGCCAGCUGGGCUCGUCGGCCGAGAGCCUGGAGUCGCUGAACGGCGAGCUGCGCGCCCGCUCCGAGAAGGAGGUGCUGCAGGCGCUCAACGAGCGCUUCGCCGGCUACAUCGACAAGGUGCGGCAGCUGGAGGGGCGCAACCGGCAGCUGGAGGGCGAGGCGGCGGCGCUGCGGCAGCAGCAGGCCGGGCGCUCGGCGCUGGGCGAGCUCUACGAGCGGGAGAUCGGUGAGAUGCGGGGCGCCGUGGUGCGGCUGGGCAGCGAGAAGGGGCAGCUGCAGCUGGAGCUGGAGCGGCUGGAGGAGGACAUCCAGCACCUCCGGCAGCGGCUGGACGACGAGGCCCGGCAGCGGGAGGAGACCGAGGCGGCCGCCCGGGCCCUGGGCCGCUACACGGAGGAGUCGAGCCUGGCCAAGGGCGAGCUGGAGAAGAAGGCGCAGGCGCUGCAGGACGAGGCGCUCUUCCUCCGCCGCACGCACGAGGACGAGGUGAGCGACCUGCUGCUGCAGAUCCAGGGCAGCCAGGCCUCGCUCGAGUUCCGCGACACCGCCAAGCCCGACGUCACCUCGGCCCUCAAGGAGAUCCGAGCCCAGCUGGAGGGGCACGCGGUGCAGAACUCGCUGCAGUCCGAGGAGUGGUUCCGAGUGAGGCUGGACAAGUUGUCAGAAGCUGCCAAGGUGAACACGGAUGCAAUCCGCUCUGCUCAGGAGGAGAUUUCGGAAUACCGCCGGCAGCUCCAGUCCAAGGUCACCGAAUUUGAAGCCCUCAAGGGGACCAAGGAAUCCUUAGAAAGGCAGAGAGCGGACAUAGAAGACCGUCAUCAUGCUAAUGUCUUGUCCUAUCAGGAAACCAUCCAGCAGCUGGACAACGAGCUGAGGAACACCAAGUGGGAGAUGGCAGCCCAGCUCCGCGAGUACCAGGACCUGCUGAAUGUCAAGAUGGCCCUGGAUAUAGAAAUUGCUGCUUACAGAAAGCUGUUGGAAGGAGAGGAAUGUCGCAUCGGGUUUGGACUCGGACCUUUCCCCUUCCCCGAGACACCCCCUAAACUCCCCAGCAUUUCCACCCACGUAAAGGUGAAACGUGAGGAGAAAGUCAAAGUGGUGGAGAAGCCUGAUAAGGAAACUGUGAUUGUGGAGAAGCGGACAGAGGAAAUCCAGGUGACUGAAGAGGUAACGGAGGAAGAGGAGGCCGAGAAGAAAGAGGAAGCUGGAGAGGAGGGUGAGGAAGAAGCUGAGGCAAAGGAGAAAGAGAAGGAAGAACCCAAGGAAGAAGUGGAAGGUGAAGAAGAAAAGCCCAAGUCCCCAGAAAAGGAGGAGGCAAAGUCUCCAAAGAAGGCCAGGUCCCCAACCAAGGAGGAAGCCAAAUCCCCAGAAGCCAAAUCUCCAGAGAAGCCUGCAUCCCCCACCAAGGAGGAAGCCAAAUCCCCAGAAGCCAAGUCUCCAGAGAAGCCUGCAUCCCCCACCAAGGAGGAAGCCAAAUCCCCAGAAGCCAAAUCUCCAGAGAAGCCUGCAUCCCCCACCAAGGAGGAAGCCAAGUCCCCAGAAGCCAAGUCACCAGAGAAGGUCAAGCCUCCUGUGAAGGGCGAGGCCAAGCCUCCAGAGAAAGAAGCCACCCCCCAAAAAGAAUUGGUCAAAUCACCCCAGAAAGAAACCAAGGUGCCUGUAAAAGAAGAGACGCCGAAAGAGAAAGAGGAGAAAGCCCCAGCCAAACCUAAAGUGGAGGAGAAGGAAGACAGCAAGAAAGAGGAGGGGCCGAAAAAGGAAAUCCCAGCCAAGGAGAUUCACAAACCUGAGCCUAAGGUAGAAGAGAAGAAAGAGGAGGAGAAGCCCAAAGAAGAUGACAAGAAAAAAGCUGCUGAGCCUGAGCCCCCUGCCCCCGAGGAGAAGAAAAAGGAAGCUGUAAAGGCUGAAGAGAAAGAGAAGGAGCCUGCCAAACCAGCACCAAAACCCAAAGAAGAGAAGAUGGAGGAGAAAGCUGCAAAGCAGAAGCCUGAGCCUAAACCUCAGGAAAAGGAAGCCAAGGCCAAGGAGCCCAGCAAACCAGCAGAGAAGGAGCCUGAGAAACCAAAGGCUGAAGAAAAGAAGGAAGAACCUAAAAAGGAGAAGGCUGAGCCCAAAACGGAUCAAGAGGAGAAACCCAAAGCUGAAGCUAAACCCAAAGAAGAGUCAGAGGCUGCCAAGACAGAACCCAGCAAAGACACCAAGGAGACCCCCAAGGCAGAAGCACCCAAAGACGCGCCAAAGGCUACCAAGCCCAAGGCAGAGAAAGUGGAGAAGUCCUCCAGCACAGACCCAAAAGAGGGCAAACCCACAGGGAAAGCUGCUGCUGCCGAUGACAAAGGUGAAAAGAACGAGAAGUGAAGAGCGGAGGCUGGGACGUGCGAGGAGAUGGGCCACCAAAGAGAACUCGGAGGCUCUCCCUGCCAGGUGGUCAGUUAUAUUUUUGUUUUCACAAGGGGAGAUUUUGCUUAGAUGGUGGGUGCCCUCCUGCCUCUGAGCUGGAGCUCACGUUAGCAAUAUGUUUAUGUGCAAGAAAUCAAAACCCAGUACCCGAGCCUCCACCAAUGUUGUUAUGUUAUGAUAGCUUCAAUAGCAGAAUGUGAUACAUGCAGAAUGCCACAUUUAAACACUUGAAUUAUAAAAAAACCCUGCCCCUUUUCCAAAUAAGUGCAUUUAUUUACUAUAUGUGCAAUAGAUGGACAAAUGCAAUAAAGAAUGUAACAGUUAGAGCUCUGUUACACUGCGGAGAAGUACAAUAAGGUAGGAAACUCAGAGUUGUCAAUGCCUUUUCAUUUUACAAAUGGAAAUUAUUGAAAUCCUCCUUUUGUAGAUGGCACUAUCUGUGGUUGACUUAAAGGGAAGCAGGAUAGACACUAACUGCAUGCAUCCGACGAAGUGGGUAUUCACCCAUGAAAGCUCAUGCUCCAAUACGUCUGUUAGUCUAUAAGGUGCCACAGGAUUCUUUGCUGCUUUUACAGAUCCAGACUAACACGGCUACCCCUCUGAUACUAGUUGCAGAAACACACAAAGAAAUAAGAAGUGCACUAUACAAACUCAAGUCCACUUUCAAUUGCUUCUGUGCAAUAAGAAAUAAAAUGCUU